GCACGGCGGUCGCUCCUUCCGGUGUCCUUCCCGGCGGGGGCGGCGGCGGGGCGACCAUGGCGCAGAACCUGAAGGACCUGGCAGGGCGGCUGCCGACCGGGCCCCGCGGCGUCGGCACCGCGCUUAAGCUGCUGCUGGGCGCCGGUGCCCUGGCCUAUGGCGUGCGAGAGUCCGUCUUCAUUGUGGAGGGCGGCCAGCGCGCCAUCUUCUUCAACCGCAUCGGCGGCGUGCAGCAGGACACCAUCCUGGCCGAGGGGCUGCACUUCAGGAUCCCCUGGUUCCAAUAUCCCAUCAUCUACGACAUCCGAGCGCGGCCGCGGAAAAUCUCCUCCCCCACCGGUUCCAAAGACCUGCAGAUGGUGAACAUCUCCCUGCGGGUGCUGACGCGGCCCAACGCCGCCGAGCUGCCCAGCAUGUACCAGCGCCUGGGGCUGGACUACGAGGAGCGAGUGCUGCCCUCCAUCGUCAACGAGGUGCUCAAGAGCGUCGUGGCCAAGUUCAACGCCUCGCAGCUCAUCACGCAGAGGGCCCAGGUGUCUCUGCUCAUUAGGAGAGAGCUGACAGAGAGAGCCAAGGAUUUCAGCCUCAUCCUGGAUGAUGUGGCUAUCACAGAGCUCAGUUUCAGCCGUGAAUACACAGCUGCUGUGGAGGCUAAGCAAGUGGCCCAGCAGGAGGCACAGCGUGCCCAGUUCCUGGUGGAGAAGGCCAAGCAGGAGCAGAAGCAGAAGAUAGUUCAGGCUGAAGGAGAAGCGACAGCUGCCAAGAUGCUCGGGGAAGCUCUCAGCAGGAAUCCAGGCUACAUCAAGCUACGUAAGAUCCGAGCUGCUCAAAACAUCUCAAAAACGAUUGCUGCCUCACAAAACCGUGUGUAUCUCACAGCAGAUAACUUGGUACUGAACCUGCAGGAUGAGGCCUUCACCAGGUAAAGG